GGUGCUCCAUCUCAACUAACAGUCCUCCAACCAGUACGUGGGCCUUAGGCAUCGAGUUGGCAUUUCAAGUUAUCUCCAAAGGAAACUCCUUCUUCUACCAUGAGCCUUCACGUGCCUCUCUGUACAGUGUCUGGCCUUCAUGUCCUUUGCCGCAGCUUCUGAAGAGACUGCCGAGAUUUAUUUCCCGGGCACGGGGUGAUGGGCACGAACAGAGCACUGUUGAAGACAACAUCAUCCUGGUGGGCUUCUCGGAUCAGCCCAAGCCUGGAAAAGAUACUCUUCGGGUUGUUUUGGCAUCAUACCUCCUGACUCGUGGGAACACAAUCAUCAUUCUGAUCGCUUCCAUGACCCUAAUCUCCAAAACACCCAUGUACUUUUCCUCACCCCACCUCUCCCUAGUUAUAUCUGCCUUUACCACCAGUAUUGUCCCCCAGCUGCUGUGGAACCUCAGGGGACCAGCCAAGACCAUAACCGCCCUGGGCUGUGCUGUCCAGCUCUAUGUCUCCCUGGCUUUGGGCUCCACUGAGUGUGUUCUCCUGGCUGUCAUGGCUUUUGACCGCCAUGCUGCCGUUUGCAAACCUCUCCAUUAUGCAGCUGUGAUGAACCCACCGGCUGUGCCAGGCCCUGGCAGGGUUGCAUGGCUGAGUGGAGUAGGAAACACUGUCAUCCAGAGCACUGUCACCCUCUGGCUGCCUCGCUGUGGACACCGGCGGCUCCAUCAUUUCUUCUGUGAGGUGCCUUCCAUGAUUAAGCUUGCGUGUGUGGACAUCCACACCAAUGAGGUCCAGCUAUUCAUUGCAUCCCUGGUCUUGCUCCUCUUGCCCUUAGCACUGAUACUGACGUCCUAUGGACACAUCGUCAAGGCAGUUACUAGGAUCAAGUCAGUCCAGGCCUGGCGCAAAGCCCUGGGGACAUGUGGAUCCCACGUGAUGGUAGUGUCCCUCUUCUAUGGGACCAUCACCGCAGUGUACAUCCAGCCCAACAGCUCUUAUGCCCAUACUUCUGGGAAAUUCAUCUCCCUCAUCUACACGGUGCUGACUCCAACCCUCAACCCUCUCAUCUACACACUGAGGAAUAAAGAUGUGAAAGGAGCUAUGAGAAGACUAUUCGCAGGGACUUGGGCUCAUAAAAAACAAAGCAGAGCCCACAAGGAUCAGCUUAACUAUCCGUCCUCUUCAUCCUCCUUCCCAGGCUUCUUUGGGCCCUUCAAAAGGCAACGUCUCCUCACACCCUACAUUACAGUGCACCUCAUGUUUGGUCAUACAGUUCACUUCCCAACCUGCCAGCUGGAUUCACCAACCAUAACAGUAUCAGAUGAGGUCCCGAAUGGCAAGGUCCUCCUGUAA